GAGUGAAGCUACUACGUACGUACACAUGUUUGUUUCAGAAAAUUCACAGCUGCGCGUGUACACAAGCGUCAGCAUCAGUACGAAGUGACUUGCUUGCGAGUCGCGUUUGGUGGCGACUGUCAGUCCAAAACGCACAAUUUCAGGCCAAGUUGGACACUGUGACUCUCAUCUGCUCGAGAUAUAUAUAUACAUGCGCUGUGCCAUUGCCACUGAAGGCACAAUUUCAGGCGGCGACAAUGGCCACCAACGACAAGCCGCACGCCGUCUUCGUGCCGUUCCCGGCGCAGGGGCACGUCACGCCGAUGAUGAAGCUAGCCAAGGUCCUCCACCGCAAGGGCUUCCAUGUCACCUUUGUCAACACCGAGUACAACCAGCGCCGCCUUGUCCGCUCCCGCGGCCCCGACGCCGUGGCCGGCCUCCCGGACUUCCGCUUCGCCACCAUCCCAGACGGCCUGCCCACGUCCAAAGCAGACGCCGACGCUGACGCCACGCAGGACCCGCCGUCCCUUUGCUACUACACCAUGACCACCUGCCUCCCCCAUUUGAAGAACCUGCUCCGCGACCUCAACGCCGCCGUUGGGGCGCCGUCGGUCAGCUGCGUCGUGGGUGACGGCGUCAUGAGCUUCUGCGUGGACGCGGCCGCGGAGCUCGGCGUGCCGUGCGCGCUGUUCUGGACUGCCAGCGCCUGCGGCUUCAUGGGCUACCGCAACUUCCGGUUCCUCCUAGACGAGGGCCUCACCCCUCUCAAAGACGAAGAGCAAGUGAAGAACGGGUACCUGGACACGCCGGUGACGCAGGCACGUGGGAUGAGCAAGCACAUGCGCCUCCGAGACUUCUCCUCCUUCGUCCGCACCACGGACCGCAGCGACAUCCUCUUCAACUUCCUGCUGCACGAGGUCGAGCAGUCGGAUCGCGCGACCGCCAUCGUCAUCAACACCAUUGACGAGCUCGAGCAGACGGCGCUCGACGCCAUGCGCGCCAUCCUCCCCGUGCCCGUCUACACCAUCGGCCCGCUUAACUUCCUCACCCAGCAGCUGGUCUCAGAAGGCGAUGGCGGCGGAAGCGAGCUCGCGGCGAUGCGCUCCAGCCUCUGGAGAGAAGAUCAGUCAUGUCUCGAGUGGCUCCAGGGCAGGGAGCCGCGGUCCGUGGUGUACGUCAACUACGGGAGCGUGACCACCAUGUCGAAGCAGGAGCUGGUGGAGUUCGCGUGGGGACUGGCCAACUGCGGCUACGACUUCCUCUGGAUCGUGAGGAACGACCUGGUGAAGGGCGAUGCCGCCGUGCUGCCUCCCGAGUUCAUCGAGGCCACCAAGGGCAGAUGCCUCCUGGCAAGCUGGUGCGAGCAGGAGGCGGUCAUGCGUCACGAGGCGGUGGGCGCCUUCUUGACGCACUGCGGGUGGAACUCCAUGAUGGAGGGGCUCGGCGCCGGCGUGCCGAUGCUCUGCUGGCCCUUCUUCGCCGAGCAGCAGACAAACAGCCGCUAUGCGUGUGUGGAGUGGGGCGUUGGGAUGGAGGUCGGCGAUGAUGUGCGUCGGGUGGUGGUCGAGGCGAGGAUAAGGGAGGUGAUGGGAGGGGGAGAAGUAGGAAGGGAGAUGCGGAGGAGGGCGGCAGAGUGGAAGGAGGUCGCUUCUCGCUCGACCGCGCAGCCUGGUGGCCGGUCGUUGGCCAACCUUGAGAGUCUGCUCAAAGAUGUACUGAAGUGAUCAGAUCGCCAAUAACAAAUAAUUAAGCUGGGUAUAUAGUCAUUCUUUGCACAACUAUAGUGCAUAUAAGUUUUGUUUUCAAAGUCAAACAUUGUAAACUUUGACCAAGUUUAUAGAAAUUUUAAUCUACAUUUACCAAUCUCAAUAGCAGUUAGCCUUCUACCAUUUACCCGCUAAUCUUUGGAAACUGUCUUUCAAGUUUAAAUAGGUCGAUAAAAGCAUAAAUUUGUGUGUGGCAAGUGGGUGCAACAUGGUAGUCCAUAUGAAUUUCUUGGCUAGAAAAGCCAACAAAUAUAUGCAUUGAUGGAA